AUGGAUAUCACAGCACCAAACAUAUCAACUGCUUCAACGUCCACCUCGGAUACUUCAAAUGAAAAUUUAAAUAACGCGAGUACUCCACCUCCCAAAUCACCAACCAUAAUUCCAACAUCUUUACUUGCUACACCUCCUACACCAAUAUCGAAUAUUUCGGAAGCUAGUUCACAAAUUCCAAGGCCAAAUUCCGGACCUAUUUACUCGGCUGUUUACUCCGGUGUUCCAGUAUACGAAUUUCUUGUAAGAGAUGUUGCUGUAAUGAGGAGACGACCGGAUUCAUAUUUAAAUGCCACUCAAAUAUUAAAAGUUGCUGGUCUCGAAAAAGGAAAACGUACCAAAAUCAUUGAAAAAGAAGUUUUAACCGGUGAACACGAAAAAGUUCAAGGAGGUUAUGGAAAAUAUCAGGGUACUUGGGUUCCUUUUGAAAGAGGAAAGGAACUUGCAGAACAAUAUGGUGUUCUUGAAAUUUUACGUCCAUUAUUGGAAUAUCAGCCACCAAAACACGAUGUACCAUAUUCAUCUUCUCCAUAUACACCUACAAAAGAACAAGCGAUGGCUGCUCUACGUCGAAGAAACGCGCAAAGUAAUCAGAAUAGUAAUAGUAACAUAGUAAACGGCAUGCCAAAUGGAUCCGUCAAUUUCGGUCAUGAAGAAGCUACCGCACAUUCGGAAGUUUCUGAACCAAUACAAACUAUAAGUGAAAUUGAAGACGAAGAACGUCUUCGAAGUAUAUUGUUAGCUAUUUAUUGUAAUGAGGAUCCCAAUUCGAUCCCUGAACUCAUAGUACAAGUUUGUUCGCCAUCACCAGCAGAUUACGAUUUAGUUCUUGAUGAAGGUGGACAUACCUCUCUUCAUUGGGCAGCUGCAUUAGGUCGUUUACAAAUUGUAGAAUUAUUAUUAUCAAAAGGUGCCAAUUCACAAAAAGCUAAUUAUGAUGGCGAAUCAGUUUUGGUCCGUUCUGUUUUAACAACUGCAAAUUAUGAGGCACAAACAUUUUCUAGUAUAAUUGAACUUCUCCGUGACAAUAUACAUAUGACCGACAAAGACAAUCGUUCUGUCUUUCAUCAUCUGGCAUUGAGCGGGGCCGUCAAAGGUCAUAGUGCUCCAGCAAAAUAUUAUAUGGAUUGUUUGUAUGAGUGGAUAACAUCACAUAACAUCGAUAUCUCAACUGUAUUAAAUAUUCAAGACUCUAAUGGCGACACGGCUUUAAAUCUUGCUACGAGGCUAAAACAAACUCACAUGUGUCGGCAGUUACAAGAAAUGGGUGCAAAUCGUCAGAUUGAAAACAAAGUAGGAUUGCGACCCUCAGAUUAUAGCCCGAAUGCCACUGAGCAAAUGGAAAUCGACGAAAUUCAAGAAAAUGGACAACCUCAGUCUAAUGAAACGAUAAUAGACGUCUUCACACAACCGGAUACAAUAACAUAUACUAAUCCGCGUAAAAGAAACAGAGAAAUCGUUGAAGUCAUCCACAAAUUGGUUGAAGAUGCAGAAAAUGAAUGGAUAGAACAGAUUAAAACAAAAGAUGAGCAAAUUAAUAACACCCGAAACAAAUAUAAUCGAGAUUCAAGACUACUUAUGGAAGCACAGAGAACCAUGCAAUGGUAUCGUUCACAAGAAAAGGAAUAUGAAGAAACUGAAACUAGAAUCAAAUUCCUUGAAACGGUGUUGCGUAGCGAGCGCGAUGAUGAUCAAGAAGAUUUUGGCCUAAGAAAGCGUCAGAAACUCUCACAUUCGAAUGGGAACGACUCUAAUGAUAAAUUAUCUGUAGCAUCAACUACUAUUUCUUCUCCAAUAACCCAAUUGCCACCGAUAGAAACAACAACGUCAUCAGAACCAACGGUUACAGUGCAAACAACAACGACAGCAAAUAGUUCUUGUAAUGAUUCCGCAACAACUUCAACGAUCCCGAACGCAGAUUUACUUUCUACGGAGACUGCCUCAAUAGAGCAAAAUAAGCUCCCAGAAAUUAUAAUCACACCACCAAAUGAUGCUGCUCCGCCACCGUUAGUUCAAACUCAACCGACUGCUCAUACUACCGACGAAAUGAUUGAUGGCGAAAUAAGGAGCUUACAGGCACAAAUCACCGCAUAUAUACGUGAUCAAGAGCUUCUCAAACAGGAAAUUGAAGCUCUUGCUGCGAGCACUGACAGGUCUGAGAUGCAGUAUAAAGGCAUCAUUGCCUCGUGUUGCAAACUCGAUAUUGAUAAAGUAGAUGAUUUUGUUGAAAGCAUAAUUAGUGCUAUUGAAAACGAUAGUAAUGAACUCAACCGGGACCAUAUAGGAGCCUUUAUGAAUAAGGUUCGUGGCUCCGAAAGCCUAAUUUAG